CCACGGAGAAGCCUGACUUAAACAGCCAAAACAGUUUGCGCCCAGUGGAGAGCGAUCCGCAGUUGUGUGGCAGUUGUUGCCAGUGAGGCAAGCUAGAAUGUAGAGAACCUGUAGCCUAUUUGUACUUGCAAUAUGAAGAAUGGAAGAAGACGAUGUUACCAUCAGAGAGCAGAAUUUUCACAGUCAAGUUCGAGAGUACAUCAUUUGCUUCCUCCUGUUUGCCGUCCUCUACAUCGUCUCCUACUGCAUUAUAACCAGAUACAAAAGGAAAAGUGACGAUCAUGAGGAUGAAGAUGCUGUCGUCAACAGGAUAUCAUUAUACUUGUGCACCUUCACGCUGGCUGUGUCCGGCGGUGCCGUCUUCCUCCUGCCUUUCUCGAUUAUUAGCAGCGAGAUCCUCCUCUCCUUCCCCAGAAACUACUACAUUCAGUGGCUCAACGGUUCCCUCAUUCAUGGUCUGUGGAACCUGGUGUCGCUGUUCUCCAACCUCUGCCUCUUUGUCCUGAUGCCAUUUGCCUAUUUCUUUCUGGAGUCUGAGGGAUUUGCUGGAUCAAAAAAGGGCAUAAAGGCUCGCAUUCUGGAGACGUUUGUGAUGCUCUUCCUGCUGGCUCUGCUCAUUCUUGGCAUUGUGUGGGUAGCAUCAGCCCUGAUUGACAAUGAUGCAGCCAGUAUGGAAUCGCUCUAUGAUCUUUGGGAAUUCUACCUGCCAUACCUCUAUUCCUGUAUAUCACUGAUGGGAGGACUGCUUUUGCUAAUGUGCACUCCUGUGGGGAUGUCCAGGAUGUUUACUGUCGUGGGCCAGUUAUUAGUGAAACCGACGAUCCUGGAGGACCUGGAUGAGCAGAUUUACUGCAUCCAUUUGCAGGAGGAAGCCCUUCAGAGGAGAUUAAACGGAUCAUCUUCGCACACCUACAUCCGAGGGAGCUUUACUUUUCAACUCACCAAAGAACUGGACAAUAUUAGAAAUCAGAAGAAUAAACUGGAGAGAAGAAAGAAAGCAUCAGGAUGGGAGAAGAACUUGUUGUAUCCCAUGGUGAUGCUGAUCCUGCUCGCAGGAACGACAAUCUCUGUUAUUAUGGUGGCGCUGAACAUCCUCUACCUUCUAGUGGAUGAGACGGCCAUGCCCAAGGGAUCCACGGAGCGAGGCAUUGGGAACACGUCUUUGUCCACAUUUGGCGUAAUUCAGGCGGUGGUGGAGAUCAUCCUCAUGUUCUACUUGAUGGUGUCUUCCGUCGUCGGAUUCUACAGCCUGCGUGUCUUUGAGGGACUCACUCCCAGGAAGGAUGACACAACCAUGACAACGAUCAUCGGCUGCUGUGUGUCCAUCUUGGUCCUGAGCUCAGCUCUACCAGUGAUGUCCAGAACUCUUGGUAUCACCAGGUUUGAUCUCUUGGGGGACUUUGGGAGAUUUAAUUGGCUGGGAAACUUCUACAUCGUCCUCUCAUACAACUUGCUUUUUGCUGUUGUGACAACUCUUUGUCUUGUGAGAAAAUUCACCUCGGCAGUGCGAGAAGAACUCCUGAAGGCCCUAGGUCUGGAUAAAUUGCAACUGUCAAACAGCCCCGCAGACCCCGAAUCUGGGAAGCUCUCGGCCAAUGGGCAUCAGAAAACUCUGUGAAAGGGACGAUGGAUCAGCACGCACGCACACACACAUGCUAGCAGAGCCACAGGAAGAUUUCAACAGUACUGUCUGAGUGUUGAAAGGUGAAAAGGAUAGGAAGGAACUUAAUAAACCCAGGCAGUGUCUGACUGUUGCUGCAAAUGGAGGCUGAGAGCAAUUUAGCUUCGUGACAUUCCAUCCUCUGCGUCUCUGAUGGAAGCUGGGACAGAGCCAGGGCGGAGACAGAGGAGUGAAAAAGACUGCCAUCAAUGGACUGACCUUGAUGCUAACCUCGACUGUGACUUUAAACUACCCAUCUCUUGCUUCUGGGGCAUUCUUGCACCCGUCAUCGUCACCUUACUUCCUUUUGCAACUCCUACCUUUGCACUAGAUAAAAGCAGUUUCUGCUUGGUUCCGUUUCUUUAUCAAAGUCUUAAAUCAGUUGCUGAAGUAGAAACCAACCAUUCAAUUACAAAGGUAUUUAAAUUCUUUUUUUUUUUUUUAAUGUUGGUGAGAAACU